AAAAAUACAACUCUCAUCAUCACUCAUAAUUGAAUCGUGAAAUCUUGAUUUUUGGAUUAAUCUUAUCAAUAAUGUGCAUUUGAUCGUAAAGUAAUCGUAUCGAUAAAAGAAUAUCAGGCUCAUAUCGUAUUGUAAUGAGUGUCAAUUCAGUAAAGCGUGACAGUGAACGGGAGAGAUAAUUUAUUGUAAUUCCUUUCAGCUAGUUUCCGACAAAUGUAAUUUGGUGCUCGUUAUGGAGGAUUAUAAAUUUCUUUUUAAAGUUGUAUUAGUCGGUAAUGCUGGUGUUGGCAAGACAUGCUUAGUGCGUCGUUUUACGCAGGGGCUAUUUCCUCCUGGGCAAGGUGCAACGAUCGGAGUGGAUUUUAUGAUUAAAACUGUGGAGGUGGAUGGCGAGAAAGUGAAGCUGCAAAUAUGGGAUACUGCGGGUCAGGAGAGGUUUCGGUCUAUAACACAGAGUUACUACAGGUCCGCGCAUGCUCUGAUCUUAGUUUACGACAUAUCUUGCCAGCCAACUUUUGACUGCUUGCCUGACUGGCUGCGAGAGAUUGAAGAGUAUGCAAAUAACAAGGUGCUAAGGAUAUUAGUUGGUAACAAAACUGACAGAGAAGACAGGGAGAUACCAAGACACAUAGGAGAGGACUUUGCACAGAGACAUGGGAUGUAUUUCCUGGAGACAUCAGCAAAAGAGGCUGAGAAUGUGGAGCGGUUGUUUAUGGAAAUUGCUGUUGAAUUGAUGGAGCAAGCGAAGUGCAAGGAGCUGCCCAAAUACGAUGGUAGUUUAGGUCCCAUAAAUGGAAAGACAACAUCGGUCGGCGAUAGUUCCUGUUGUCUACGCUCUUAAACAUACGAAUUUAUCUCAUUGAUAUUAUUAGUGUUGUAUAGCGUUUUUAUAAAGAGACUGUUUUAUCGAUAUUCAAUUCAUUCGAAUUUAAAUUCGGAUUAUAAAAAAUUAAUAUUUUCUAAACAAUUUUAUUGACAUUAAAAUUUUCAAUAUUAGCUGAUUCGCUUCUUGUAGAAUGUAGAAAAAUUGUAGUUAAAGUCUCUUUAUAAAAAUGUAUCUGUUAAUCGUAUUCGCUAGUGUUGGGUUGUCGACAUUCCAGUAGCUUAUAGUAUAAGAGCUAUGGUACAAUGUCAUAAUUUGAACAUACAAUGGCUACACCCAAUUAAAUUGAUAUUGCUGAGUCGUAUUACAAUUUUUUCUAGUACUUUACAAUUAUUUCUCAUUAAAAACUUAUAUGUCUGUACUUAAUCAAAUCAAGAAUUUCUAAUAAAUUUAAUUAACGUAUCAUCGUCUAAUAUUUGGGUAAUAGCUAAAGUGUGUUCGUGUUUAAUUUUUAAUUCAAUAAUUAAUUUCGACAAUACGCACGGAACGUCAAUUAACUGGAGUUAAUUAUCUUGUGUUAUGAUUUAUUAUUGAUUUUUUUUCUGUCCGUAAUUCUCAUUGUUUACAUUAUGCCAGUACAAUAGGAAAUUGGCGCUGAACUGGCAUGGACUGUUUUAGCUCACUGGCGCCAGUUACUGUUCACAUUAUGCCAGUUUUGAGCAAGUUAUCUGCCAGCGCUGAUUGCGUAUGUGGUAUUAUGUUUUUUUUUGUUUAGAAUGAUCUGUUAGUUGUGACAUUGUAACAUAGUUUUGAAGUUAAACAAUUUGCCGUUGCAAUUUUUGUUAAUAUUAAGUAGAUAUUGGAUUAGUUGCGUUGUGGUAAUAUUUAAGAAGUUUGUAGUAUAUCUACAUAUGUUGUACUAUUUUUAGGUUGAUACCGAUUUUUUAUGAGGCACAUGUAUAUUGCAAGGUAUAAUUAUGACAACGUUAUCUGAAUCGGUAAAGCAAUUGUCGUGGUUAGGUCUGGCAAAAAAUAUGUUAAACCUACAUGGUCAUAGAAAAUGGCAUAAAAGAAAAAAUUACAUGACAGCUACAGUACGAAAAUAAUCAUUUGUCACUUUUUGACGUUGACAGGGGGCGCUUAGUGCACUGUCAUAAUUUAGUUUCACUUAUGCCUAAUGGGUCAGAUAACUUUGUCUAUUCACAUCGAAAAAUUUACUCGUUUUUUUUUUAGAUUAUUUUGACGUAUUCUGUCUUGGAUUUUUUUAAUCUGUAUGUAAAUUUUGGAUAAAUUGCAGAACUUUUUAGUUGCUUUUAAAAAAUAGCUUUGGAAUAUGGAAUUAUGCAAUAUCUGUAACUCAUAUAACCUACAAGUUGUGAAGAAAUGUGAUCGAAAAGAAUAUUUACAUGUGCAAUUAUACUUAUUAUUGUAUAAUAGAGAAUUAUUUUUUUAUUUUAAACACAGUACAU